CUACAGUUCUUCUGGGCCCUCCUCGUCAUGGCGCUCACGGGCAACAUGAUCAACAACUGGGCUCACGGUCCCAACGUCAUCAACUACGACCUCUUCGUCUCCAUCUUCGGCAUGCUCACCCUCCUCUACCUCAUCCCAGCGACCGUAAUGGACAAGGUCGCAUUCCACCCAAUCAUUCCGCUCGUCCUUGAUGUGUUGAACGUCAUCUUCUGGUUCUGUGGCGCUGUCGCGACGUCGGCCGAGCUAAAAGCGCGUAGCUGCACCAACUACGACUACCUUUUCAACAACCGCAUCACCCAGGGUUCCACUAUGCGCUGCCGUGAGGCUCAAGCCUCCACCGCGUUCCUCUGGUUCGGCUUCGCCUCUUUCCUCGUUUCGACCGUCCUUAGCGGUCUCGCGAGCCGAGGUGGCGCGAGCGUGAGGCCAGGUAUUCGACGUGGCCCGGCUAUGAGCCAGGUCUAA